UUUUCCUCUUUCAGGUUCCAGGGCCACAGGAAAAUGGGGCGCUGUGCAUUAUUCGGAACAUGACAACUGGCCAGGCCCACAGUUCCACAGUUUCAACCACCGGGGGGAGUGUGGCGAAGCUGACGCUGACGCUUCCAGCGACGACAACUGCUACGGAGUUGAUGGAAGCCAUCGGUCGCCACUUCCAGUACACACCAGACUCGUUUGAGCUGCUUCUGCAGAGGAUCACCGACGGCGAUUGUGUCUCGGUGCACACAUGCGGGGACAAAACCCUCCAGGAGAUCGGGUUCCACACAGAUGGCACAACCCGCAACGUACUAGUCAUAUAUGACCGGGACCGGGAACCCCCAAAACGGUUGAUGGGGCCCGAACCGGAAGAGGGCAGUUCCUCGACCUCUGCGGCAGCCGACUGGGUCCGCAACACCAGAGGCGCUGCCGCCGAGAGCAAGUACUACCCGGCGGAAACCAGGGACGCCGUCGGUUAUGUGGGCCUGGUCAACCAAGCCAUGACCUGCUACCUAAACAGCCUCUUACAGACCCUCUACAUGACGCCUGAAUUUAGAAAUGCAUUGUACAGAUGGGAGUUUGACGGGACAGAGCAGGAUGCAGCCAAGAGCAUACCCUUCCAACUGCAGAAACUCUUUCUCUUACUGCAGACAUCUUCAAAAUCUGCGAUUGGAACAACGGAUCUGACUACCAGCUUCGGAUGGGACAGCAGCGAAGCAUGGCAACAGCACGAUGUGCAAGAGCUCUGCCGAGUCAUGUUUGACGCAUUGGAGCACAAGUUCAAGCACACGGACCAGGCCAAGCUCAUCUGUCAGCUUUACGAGGGCAAGCUCAAGGAUUACGUCAAGUGCCUACAGUGUGGUUCUGAGAGCGCCCGCGAGGACACCUUCCUGGACAUCCCGCUGGUGGUGCGGCCGUUCGGGUCGAGCCAGGCGUACGGAAGCGUGGAGGAGGCGCUGCGCGCUUUCGUCACCCCCGAGACCCUGGACGGCUGCAACCAGUACUCGUGCGAGCGGUGCGGCCGCAAGUGCGACGCCCACAAGGGGCUCAAGUUCGUACGCUUUCCGUACUUGCUGACGCUGCAACUCAAGCGGUUUGACUUCGACCCAGCCACCAUGCACCGCAUCAAGCUCAACGACAAGGUGACCUUCCCGGAGAUUCUGGACCUCAACCAGUUUGUGCGUUCCGAGAGCGAGACCGACAGUCCCAGUGACGAUGCCGACACGACGGACAGUGGGUCGGCGCUCGACGAUGAGGCUGCGGCGACCUCAACGUCAUCUGGUCCCAGCAGCAGCCGGCAGGCUAACGGGCCAUGCGAGGACAUGGGUAGCGACGACGAAGGCAUUGACGUGGGCAGCGGUAGCGGCAGCAACACGGAUGCCGCGGCCAACGCUCGCAACCUGAAGCGGAAUGUCGACACGGGUCCGUACAUGUAUGAGCUUUUCUCCAUCAUGGUGCACUCUGGGAGUGCCAGUGGCGGCCACUAUUACGCCUACAUCAAGUCUUUUACAGAAAACCAGUGGUACUGCUUCAACGACGCCCAAGUGUCGCGAGUGACGUACGACGAGAUCCGCAAGACGUACGGCGGGGGGCCCAGUCGAGGCGGCUAUUACAUCAGCUCCUAUGCGAGCUCGACGAACGCCUACAUGCUCAUGUACCGUCGGGUGGACAAGGAACAGAACGCGGUGCCCAUGACACCCGACCAGUUCCCCGAGCACCUGAAGGUGCUGCUCGAGAACAUGCAGGAAGCCGAGGAGAGGGAGCGGCAGCAGAAGGAACUCGACCGCUCCAUGUGCAAGAUCAAACUGUUCUGCCUUCACCCGCGCAAGCACACGAUGCAAGAGAUGCGGCUCAAGGUCCACAAGGACGCAUCACUUGCCGAGGCAACGCAGACGGCCCAUCAGAUCAUGAACCUGGGCGACGUGGUUCCGCUGGACUGCUGCCGCCUUGUGAUGUACGACGACUGCGCCGAAUCCCUGGAGUGCUCGCUGGAAGAGGUGGCCCACCAGACCAUGGGCCAGAUCCUGGGCGGCGUCAAGUCCACCUACCCCUUCGACCUCCUGCUGGAGACGCGAAAGCCCCACGAGACCUUCCAGCCCUACAAGAUAGGAGGAACAACGGUCAAGGUGCACAUUGUGAAUCUGGAGGCAAACGAGAUUGGGCGAGCGAUUGUAGUCCGCGGCCUCAAGACUCAGACGGUCGAGGAGUUCAAGGCUCAGGUGGCUCAGCAACUGGGUCUGCCUUCAAGCAACAUGCGCAUGGUGCUCGAGAACUACCACAACGGCCUUGAACUCCUCUGCGCACCUGGGCGCAUGCUCAGGUCUGAAGGCUUUGGCAAGAGCAAUACGGUGUUCAUAGAAUUUCUCAACGAGGAAGACUCCAAGCUGCCCUUCCGAGAGUCUCGUUUCUUCGAGAUUCUCGAUCGGCAUAUCAACACGAUCGUCAUCUACGUCCACCUGCCACAAGAAGAGGAAGUGUUGCUGGAGAAGCAGCGCAUGUCUUCCAGCGCCGAGAAUGACCAGAGGUGCGGCAACGUAGAAGACGAAGGCGGCACAGCCAUGGCGAGGUCUACGCAGCAGACGCAGACGGCCAACACGGCGCUGUCUGACGGCUACGACAGCGACCUCUGUGAUUCGUCCUCCUCGGGUUGCCGUGGCGGCGACCACUCGGAGGACUCUAGUCUCACGGACAGCGAGCGGACCCUGGUCGGCGACGACAUGUCACCGCGCAACAAUUCACCCGACAUUGCCGACGCGGACGGCAGCGGCUCAGGCGAGGAGCGGCAGCCCAAGUUAGUGCCUUCUGUGGAGAUGACGGACCAGAUCAAGCGGAGCAUGCUUGAACCCAGUGGCAGCACGUCUGCCGCUGCACCCGCUGCCGCUACAUCCGCCGCCGACGGCGCCUCUGCAGAGGCCAGUGGCUACGCCUGUGGCGACGCUGCGCAGUCCCAGGUGGAUGCAGCGGCCACGAAAGAGGAACCAAGGCGCUACUUCCGUGCAUGGCCGUACACUGACAAAGAGGACGGCAGCCGCAAGCUUCGAGUCUACGUCGACAAGCGUAUCACUUUCGGGGCGCUCAAGAAGGAGCUGGAGCAGUACGUCGGCAUCGAUUCCAGUCACUUCAAGGUGUUCCGGGUGUACUCCAACAACCAGGAGUUCGAGUGCACCAAGCUGUCAGACAACCUCGUCUCUUACGCAGAAGACACCAAGCUUGUCAUCAAGCUGGGACGGGCACUGAAGCCUGGCGAGCACCGCAUGGACGUCUACCUCCUGUCACCAAAUGCUCCAGAGCCAAGCAAGUUCCUGCUGGACUGGAUCUUCACACAAGGGACGACAGUGCUGCAGAUCAAGCAAGAGAUUCUGCACAAGAUCCGCGAGCGCUGUGGCCGAGACAUUCCUCUGAACAGGUGUCGACUCAGGAAAAAGGUCUCUGGUAACCCCGGCGCGGUGUACCUCGAUUCGGACCGGUUGGACAGCGACGCCUCGAUGUUCAUGUCGCACAAAGUAUUUCUAGAGGUCCUUUCAGAGCCCGAGAAGGUUGUGUCUUCAAACAGCCUGGUGCUGUUUGUGCGCCGCUGGCGGCCAUCGACCUUCACCUUUGACCCCCUGGAGGAAGUGAUACUCAACGAGCGCAGCCUCGGAGCCCUCAAGGAUGCGCUGUCCAAACUGAGUGGCCUGGACCCAUCAGUCAUUGAAGUCGCUAAGUGCCCCGGUCAGUUCCCGUGUCUGGUGUCGUCGUUGACUGUGCACACGGAUAUGGAUUGGCACGGUACCGCAUCCUCCCUCACCGCCUGGCCGCUGUACAUAAGCGAGGACGGCCUCGUGGUGCUCUAUCGUGACCAGACAGAAGCCCUCAAGGAGUUAACUGAAGAGGAGAAGCAAGAAAUCUCCAGUCGAGAAAAUGUCAGGGCUGCCAAGGGUGCCAAGGCCGUCCCCUCCCCGAGGAAAGAGCGUGCCCUCAAGAUCUACAUGGGCAGCCCACCCAAUGACAGCGGAGCUCUGUCCUCGAACACCAAGCCCAGCCUUAACUCUGUGCCUAUCGACCUGGACUGAGCAUGCAGCCACCCAGGAUCGCGACACUGCUGCCUAGUGGUAUUUUUUUUCUUCAAAGAGGACACUAGUGAUCAACCGAGUGACUUGUGACUAUGGGGCGCCGGCGAGGCGGGUGCAUUUGCUCCGCGGCGACGGAAGACAACAGCGACGGGGAUCCGUCCCGCCGGCUCCGCACCGAACCCCGACAACAUUUUCUCUCUCGCCGUCAGCAACAGAGACGUGCUGUGUCCCGGUGCACAAACUGCGUCUUCAUCUCUUUCGUGUCAAAGAAAGCGCCGAGGGGGGGGAAAGAAUGCGCGCACCCGAAACGUGUCCGCGUUUUAACGUGCCUCCUACCUUUUUGCCUCCCGAACUAUUUUUCUUCUUUUUUUUUAAACUGCAGUUUAGAAAGGGGAGACUAUCUUCAGCCACUUCUUCAGCAGCUCUGAACUGCAUUGCCUUUUUUAAUUUUUUUUUCAAACUCUUUUAUUCGCCACUCUAGCUGCUUCGCCGAAUCUAUUGCUGGCAGGCUUUUUCAUUUUUUUUUUCCAGAAAAAGUGAUGGCGCCAACAACCUGCGCCGACCCCCGCCCACUCCCCCCUUUGCCACACCUCAGGUACAGAAAACUAGCUCACAAGAUUUUAGAUCUCAACAGCAAUUCAAUUUUUUUUUUCUUUUAAGCUGGCCCGGAGUCUAGUUUCAUCAUAACGGUCAAUGUAUGGCUGUGAGUAAAUUGCUGUGCGAGGAAGUUUCUCUAUAUAAAGCUUAUUGAGAUGCCUUGGAGAGAAAUUAACGAGGUGCAAUUUUUUUUUCUUAUGUCUUCUCGAAAGCAUUCAUGAACCCAAAGUACCGAAACUUUGUUUGUCGAAUCGCACUGCGACAGUCCACACUGAUACGGAAACGUGGCUACAUGCCCAGCAUAUUGAAUAUGUAUUUUAGAUUCCUUUGAAUGUUUCCAAGCGCGUCAAGUGAAAAUGUUGCCUCCUUUCUUUCAUGAUUGUCUUUUUCUUAAACAUCGUUGAUUUUUUUGCAGAAGUGAGGAAUUUGCGUCACAGCAGCCGUGUCCAAGAAAAUUUAACAGAAUUUUGAUGUGCUGUGUAGUCACUAAUUUUGCACCGGUUAGUGUAGUAUUUCACUGAACAUGUGACACCGGUGAUUCUGUUCUCUUUUACUUUUACCUUUUAGUGUCAUUGUAAAAUGCUUUGUAUUUCUCCAUCAGCAGUUGAAUAAUCGUGCAAAAGGCCUGACACACCGGUGAAGCAUUUUGUCAGGUGCAACAGAUAGUGACUCAAUUCAUUUUGAACUUACCCAAAAAUAAGAUACCAUUUUAGUUCCAUAGCACAAUUUCCCUCUAUGUGCGUCGUCUUUGAGAUGAAUGUUGAGAUACAGUCACUCGCUCGAAGGUCCAUUUUAACUGCUUUGUCAAGUGUUUUACUUGCAGGUAUUAUUUCUGAACUGUAUAUGUGAAUAUGCUGUAAAGAUUCAUUUGGGUCAUCCCAAAAGGCUGGGUCCCUCAAACAGUGAACUUUCAACGUGGUAUUACAGUCACUGUUUGUACGCAUGAUCGCAUUGCACGACCACCUAAAAACAAGUCCCGGUGUGCUCGGGGCUACGACAAGUAGCCGCACUAAAGUUGCAUCCAAACGCCAUGCAAAUACACAAGCUUUGGUGGCUCACCUCUGCGAGUGGGAUUAGUGGAUUUCAGUGGUCUUGAUUGGCUACAUGUUACAGCGAUGUACUUCAGUACACAUAACCGGGCAUUCCACCUUUGCGCACGCAUAAAGCACUAAAUCAUGUGUAAUGUUCUUUGAACAAGCUGCUUUCUUCCGCACGAUUAAGUCUCUUGCUUCAGUUUGGUUUUUGUGUUUUGCAUUCCUUAUUUGUUCUAUUGCAGUGGCUUCUGAAGGGUCUAGUCUGCCUCACCAUUGCAAAAAAUAGGAUUACGUUUCGAUUUUGCAAGAUAAGUUUGAAGAUAAUUUACUGUCAUCUGCAUUUUUCUUUUUGUUUCUAGCUGCAUUGCAAGUAUCUUUGCAACUGCAAUGUAACAGUAGUGUAGUUACGAGACCUCUUUGUUGUUUGUUUAGUAGUCUUUUGUUUUUCAACACAUGGCCCUGACAUAAUCUUGUCAUGAAGGUCUUGUCAUGAAGGUCCUGACAUGAAUGGCCUCGAUGUGAAGGCCUUGUAUUGAAAGUACAGUUCCACAAAAGCAGCCAUUUCUGUGCAGUGCUGCUCUCGGCACAAGUCGUGCAUUGAGUUCUGGCCAACAUUCUGCAAACCAUGCUACAUUCUUUGUUCUGGCUGAUCCCAGCUGUUUUCUUUGGCCAUUCAAACUGCAUGUGUGUCCUAAUGAACAGGGUAAGCCGUCCCAGACUUGUUUGUAGACUAAUCAGCAUUUACGGGGGUUGACUAUUUACUGGCUACUGUUUUCGUUCGCAGAGUAUUGCAUGUUUUUACAGCAAGAGGGUAGUCUACAUUUUCGUAGGAUAAUCUGGUGCGGGUGAAGACAUUGUGAGUGGGUCAUCGUAGUAUAGGCUCUGUAGACUCGUCGUGCUCGCUGCACUUGGUCUACGACUUAACUUGAUAUACCUACAUAGCAAGAGGUGGGUCUGUUUUGCAGACUACCCUCUUGUUGAGGGUGGGGAGCUUAUAAUUUAGGCUGUGUAGACUAACCUGACGCUUUGUGCACACCUGUUUCUCUCUUUGACUGUUUUCUUUUAAUUAAUUUGGAUUUGAGCGUUGGUGGUUCUUGAUGACUGUUUUCAGUCUGUUUGGCCAUAUAUUAGUUUCAAUGUUAAACACAGCUACGGAAUUCGCUCCAAAAAAGAUUUCCUUUGGGGGCCGCGUAACAUUCAAAGGCAGUCCCCCCUUCUGGAGGGGCGUGUGAAAUCAACAGCGUUGCUGUGGUCGUUAGUGAAUUCGCAUUUUGUAUUCACAUUGCCUAUUGCAUCAUUUGGUGAAACGUUGGGGGCUUGAGUAUUGCCCGAGGUCUCACUUUAAGCCAUUAGCUAGUCUAGAUUUUUGUUAAUGAGAACCGGUUGUGAAACUUUCACAAAUGUGAUGCAACAAGCAGCCAAAACGGGGGCUGCCUUUGCAAACAGCCGUUUUUGUGGUAAUGUGACUAGCUUUCCAAAAAUGCAAACCGAUGUUAGCUUUUGCUCCAACGGAUUGUCGUGUUUGAUGACUGCAGUGUUUUCCUAUGAAAACAGUUCCCACGCUGUUUUGGUGAAAAGGCGUUUGGUGAGUAGCUGCCGUGCAUGUAGAAACGGUUGGGGUUUGGUCGUUUCGUUAACGCCUGACGAUUCGAUGUGCCUUGCGGCAAACUUUUCGUGCCCAGCAGUGCAGUCUAGUGAUGUAGAGUGACUCCCAUAGAGCUAAAUAACUGUAUUGCUCCAAGCUGGCUCCAUAGCGUCCUCUGUGAGCGGAAAGGGAGGUAUUUGAAACUGUCAAAUCCUUGCUUCGAUAAAGGAUUCAUGUGUCAGCUGUUAUUGAGCUUAAACCACUAGAUUUUUUGUGUGCAAGAGUUGCGCAAAGGUUGCCCGUUCGUAGUAAACUUUCUCAGAUUUGGGUGGGCUCUGGUUACUUACCUGGUAGUCCAAAAUGAAGCAGGGGCGUUGCAUUCAAUUCAGUGCCUAACAGAAAUUACUGAUUUCUCUCAGCUAAAGGAACGUUAGCGCCAUCUUUCUUCAGGAGAGCAAAGCCACUGUGUAUUUCCCAAUACAGCUGCUUUGCCUUGACUGGCAAAGGACGCUGCUAUUCCUUCCAGUCAGUAAAGUUGGCGUUUUAUAUUAGCUCUUAUCACAGACAGUGCAUGGUGGUAAACAAAAUAUACAGUUCAACACCACUUGUGAACAAUGAGAGUUGAAACGUGCCACCGACUUAAACGCGAGAUUUGUUUGAACCCGGCACACUUGUCAAUGCAAUAUCCACGUCUUGUUGGCAUGUUUCAUUGCCUGCUGCUUGGAUAGCGUGUCAAUGAUUGGUGCAGCAGUUCACAGAUGUAGGUCAGCCCUAAUGUUGUUUUAAGGGUUUAGUGUAAUAUUUGAAUUGACAUAUGUAGAGCCCUGAUGCCACAUGCGUGCAACUGGUGUGGCGGCAAAACACUACCCGCCAACGACAUUAUCAGACGGGCUUAGUGUGUUGCAAAAUUACAGCAGUCACUGUCAAUUUUAUAAUGGAGUAAAGAUGUGUGUGUCAUAUGGUAGGAAAGUCUUGAGAAGAUGUUUGGGGGCAGCCAUCACGAAGUAGCCUUUUGUCACUACAUUUGGAUGCUAAAACUAUGAGGCAAACCUUUUUUCUUUGUUCUCUUUGUCAAGCAGUUAAUUGAAUGUCACAAGAACUUCCUAACCACCUGGGCAACCAAUUUAUAGAUGGUGCCUCUGAUGCGAGAAAGAACAUGAAUGUGCUUUUUUAUUCUAUGAAAGCAUGCCAAGAUAUUAACUUGUUUAGGCUGUGCUGAAAGAAGAGCCCUGUGAUAAUUUUUUGUUUCCUCCAACACAUUGUCGUACGACGUGGUGCCUAGAGCUGAAGGCAGUUUCAUUGCAAGAUGUUCUUUUUCCUAGUAAGCCACAUUGUUGCCACAAUGUUGCAGCAACGUCUGUAACGUGAAGGCAACAUUGUAUCAGUAAUUGGUGCCACUAGAGCAGAAAGCAGUUUGAUAGUAGGAUGUUCUUUAUUUGUAUUGACACUACUUGACGUUAUCAUUCUGUUUAGCACUGGUUUAGCGCAUGUUGCCUUCGUUCAAGAGAACGGAGCCGGAUAAAGAUUCAGUAGUCAUGUUUAUACGUAAAACGAACUGGGCCCUGGGUUUCUGGGUCAUACAAGUACAGCUAUACAGUUAGUUUUACCGUUCACCAUUUGGCAAAGGGGGAGAGAUACUUUUUCCAGGUGUGAAGAUCGUGUGGUGCCGGUUCAGAGGUUUCUUUUUUCGUUGAGUUCACAAGAACCCGGCACCCAGAACAUUGUACACUAUAAGACCAGAGUUGUAUGCAUGCAUUUUUUUCUAUCUUGUGCAUGGGUACACACCAAGCACGAAAUGUCUGUAUAGCGGCUGCAGUUCAUGUGUUGAGAGAUUGACGAUGGUUUUAUUAUUUAUUGAUAUUGAAAGUGGCACGUCACGCCGGAAUAAAAAUAUAUUACUGAGUUUUUUU